CCUGCUUCUGGACAAUUAACAUCGACUUACUUAGUUUGUCUUUGUCGUUCGUUGCUUUCGUUCCGUUUCGUGCUGUCGACGUCAGCUUUGUUGUUGCUCCAAUAGAGGUAGAAAAACGCAAUAAUCAGGAAAUACGUUCAAAAGAACUCACUCCUAAUAAUUGAUGCUAAGUGCAACAGAAAAACACACUCACACAUAUCUCUUAAAAGCAAAUACCUAUCAGCUGACAGUAUUCAUUUAAGUUAUACUGAUAUCUAUAAGCUCGGAACAAGUCAUCAAGCUCGUCAUGCUGAUUGGAUUAGUACGCGAUUCGGUGAUGCAGUGCUUCUGCCACACCUGCCGGGCACCGGGUAUUCUGCCAGUUGUAGUUUCCAGAAGAUCCGCGCCUAUUAAGAAAAAUAAUAAAAUACGUUCAAAGCAGCCGCGACUCAACAAAAAAGUAAAAUUCAUAACCACUGAGAUCCGUUGCCAGGAGAAGUCUCGUGGUGGUCUUAGCUAUGAGGUCAUCUUGGCCGAACCAGCACCCAAUGUGCCAGUGCCCAAGCGUCCUGUUACUCCUGGAAAAAACGUAAGCGUUGAGGACAUAGAGCAAAAGUUGAAAGCCGCCGAAGAGCGGCGCAUUUCUUUAGAAGCCAGGAAGAUGGCAGAGAUUUCUAUCAAACUUGCAAAAGUUGAGGAAGCUACGCGCAAGAAAGAUGAAAUAACUAACGAGUUUAUUACUCAGACCAAGGAGCAACUGGAGACUAAAAUGGAACAUCAUGUAGAGAAACGCGAAGCCAUUAUCAGUGAUAUGAAGGAAAAGCUAAAGAUUCAUGCCCAGGAAAUAGAAAAGACGCGAGAGACUUUGGAACAGCAAAAAGCCUAUGAGCAGAAGGCUAUUGAAGAGAAAUUGAAGACCGCUCAAGCCUUACGCGAUGAGAAUAUAAAAAAGAUGUUAGAUCGUCUCAAGGAGCAUAAUACAAUCAAAAUUGCUGAAAUCAAAUCGCAAAACAAUCAAUUGGAAAAUCAAAAGCUUGAGGAGAAGGCGCGUAUUAUUGAAAACAAAUUGUACGCCGCAGAGCAGAAUCGCGAGAAGGAAUUGCUCAAAAAAAUUGAAAAAGUUCAAAAGCUUGAACGUCGCGCUGAAGUGGUGCGUCAGAAUAAGGCUCAAACCCAGGAUAUUGAUGGGCUGCAGAAUCUUAUUGCCUCUUCGGGUUAGACGCAUUGAAAAUUGCAAUUGCUGCUGGACAUGUAGCGCAUCCGUAGCGCAUCUUAAAGAUACACCUAAUAUAAAAUCAUCAACAAGAUCAACUACAACACUAAUCACAACAACAUUUGAUUUGCUUCAAAAAUGUCAAGUAUUAUAAAAAACAAACAUAACAUUUCGCUGAGCAAUGCUGAAAUCAGCGCUAGUACUAAAGGCAAGAAACAUGAAUAUAGUGGCAAGCAACUAGCAAAACUCAAUAACUUAAAUAACACUUCUACACUACACUGAAUACAUUUAUAAAAAGCUACAAUGGAAAAUAAUAUUCUCUUCAUUUAACUUAAAAACUAUUCAGCCGCUGACAUUUAAUAUUUAAAACAUUUCUAAAAUAAACGAUAACCGUCAUUGGCCUGCCUGUCGUUUUGUGUUCGCUUUGCU